CGAGGUUUCCAACCCCCCUCCCCCCCCACUCCGCCCCUCCUCGCUCCACGUCAGAGGGAACCGGGCGGAGCGGCCAACAUGGCGGAACGCAGGCGACACAAGAAGCGGAUCCAGGAAGUUGGUGAACCAUCUAAAGAAGAGAAGGCUGUAGCCAAGUAUCUUCGAUUCAACUGUCCAACAAAGUCCACCAAUAUGAUGGGGCACCGAGUUGAUUAUUUUAUUGCUUCAAAAGCAGUGGAUUGCCUUUUGGAUUCAAAGUGGGCAAAGGCCAAGAAAGGAGAGGAAGCUUUAUUUACAACAAGGGAGUCUGUGGUUGACUACUGCAACAGGCUUUUAAAGAAGCAGUUUUUUCACCGGGCACUAAAAGUAAUGAAAAUGAAGUAUGAUAAAGACAUAAAAAAAGAAAAAGAGAAAGGAAAAGCCGAAAGUGGAAAAGAAGAAGAUAAAAAGAGCAGGAAAGAAAAUCUAAAGGAUGAAAAGACAAAAAAGGAAAAAGAAAAAAAAAAAGAUGGUGAAAAGGAAGAAUCCAAAAAGGAAGAAACUCCAGGAACUCCUAAAAAGAAGGAAACUAAGAAAAAAUUCAAACUUGAGCCACAUGAUGAUCAAGUUUUUCUGGAUGGAAAUGAGGUAUUUGUGUGGAUAUAUGACCCGGUUCACUUUAAAACAUUUGUCAUGGGAUUAAUUCUUGUAAUUGCAGUGAUAGCAGCCACCCUCUUCCCGCUUUGGCCAGCAGAAAUGAGAGUAGGUGUUUAUUACCUCAGUGUGGGGGCAGGCUGCUUUGUAGCCAGCAUUCUUCUUCUUGCUGUUGCUCGUUGCAUUCUAUUUCUCAUCAUCUGGCUCAUAACUGGAGGAAGGCACCACUUUUGGUUCUUGCCAAAUCUGACUGCUGACGUGGGCUUCAUUGACUCCUUCAGGCCUCUGUACACACAUGAAUAUAAAGGACCAAAAGCAGACUUAAAGAAAGAUGAGAAAUCUGAAACCAAAAAGCAGCAGAAGUCCGACAGUGAGGAAAAGUCAGACAGUGAGAAAAAGGAAGAUGAAGAGGGAAAAGUAGGACCAGGGAAUCCUGGAACAGAAGGCUCGGGUGGAGAACGGCAUUCGGACACAGACAGUGACAGGAGGGAAGAUGACCGAUCCCAGCACAGUAGUGGAAAUGGGAAUGAUUUUGAAAUGAUCACAAAAGAGGAACUGGAGCAGCAAACAGAUGGGGAUUGUGAAGAAGAGGAAGAAGAAGACAAUGAUGGAGAAACAACUAAAUCUUCCCAUGAAAAAUCAUAAUCUGACUAAUUUGGGACUAAAGUGCAAGAGGUUGGAUUUUCUAUGUUGGCUGAUCGUCCUAAUGUACACAUGACAUUUGUAGCAUUCUUUAAAUCCAUUUGCUGAAAUGUAUUUGACAUCCAAGCAAUUAUAUUCAGUCCUUCAUUUCAUAGAAUACUAUUAUUGGUACAGUCUAAAGCCAUUUAUAAGUUGUAUCUAUUUGAUAAUUUUACAAUAAGUAGGUCUUACUUGUUUUGAUAGUUAUCAAAGAUGCAUUUUCCACAAUGAUAUUUAGAUUAAUGGCAUUUUUGAUAGUUGUAUGGCUUUUUACUGUUAGAUUAAUCAAAAUAACCAAAAGGGAUAAAAGAGAAACACCAACAUUUCAGAUUAUGCAUAGUUAUGUAGCCAUUUCACAGUUUCUUUAAAAUGAAAUGCUUAAACUCCUUGUUCUUGAUAGUUAAGCUUUGAUUGAUUACAAAAGUAUACCAGGGAAUUUCUGGGAUUCUGAGUUAGCAGGGUUCAAAAGCAUUUUGUGGAAACAAGCCAACUAGUAAUGGUGCAGUAACACUUUUAGUUUAGCUACAAAUUCUCCUUUUCCAACUUAGGAAAUCCAAACUGAUUUGUACAUCUGACUCAGAGAAAGAUAGUCAUCUCCAACAGAGAAAGCAAACAGCACUGGUUGGAAGGUGAUGGCUCUUCCCAUUUCCUUGUCGUAAAGUAAAAUGUAUUCUGUACAUAAUUUACAAAUAAACAUUUUAUUUUAAUUGUUACUUAUUAUUUAGACAUUUUUCUCAACACUUAAAUUUGUAAAAUUAAGACCAUGUAAGGGUAUGUUUUUAGAGAAAUGGAAGUUUCAAUAACCCACAGAACAUCUGUGCUCUUUCUACAGCAGCUUCAGUUUUGUGCCAACAUUCCAUGUAUUUGAAUAUGAGUUAAAAAGAUCCUUAAUAAAUAAGAGCAGACUUAAAGUA